AUGCUUGGCGGCUGCGGCGGCGGCGGAGGUGGUGGCGCCGCCACCACGUUGGUAUGGUUCAGGAGGGAUCUGAGGUUGGAGGAUAACCCAGCCCUGACCGCGGCUGUGAGGGCCGGGUACGUGGUGGCUGUCUUCAUAUGGGCCCCUGAGGAAGAGGGACACUACUACCCCGGGAGGGCGUCGAGAUGGUGGCUGAGCCAGAGCCUCCGGCACCUGGACUGCUCCCUCAGGAGCCUCGGCACCACUCUCGUCACCAAGAGGUCGUCCGACACAGCUUCCAGCCUCUUGGAUGUCGUCCGUUCUACCGGGGCGACCCAGGUCUUCUUCAAUCACCUCUACGGUCAGUGAAAAUUCCUUCCUUCUUCGUCUCCAUUGAAUUUAUCUGCCGUUUGAUGCGUCCGAUUCGGUUCUUCUCUUUACCAAUAUAUAUAUCUAUAUAUAUAUAUAUAUGCAUGUAUGUAUGUAUGUAUAGAAUAUGAAUUCCCCCCUUUUUCGCCGGAUUUUCUCAUUCCGUGCUCCAUCAUCAUUUGAUAACGAUGGGUUUUCUCUGUUUCUAAAGAUUUCCCUCCUUUUUAGGGUUUGAUGGGGAAGGGUAGGGGAUGGUGGCUUGAAUUUUUGAGGCUAUCCUGCAGCUUUCCUAAUGAACAGGCGGAGGGUCACGUAGUUCCUUUCCUCAUUUUUUUUCACCUCUAGGCACUUCGUCUUUUCUGAUUUUCUCAGGUUGAAGUAAAUAUUGAUGCCUAUCCAUAUAAAUUAUACAUCGAUUUAACUGGUCAAAUAAGGUAGUUUCUUUCAUGGCAAUCGAUUGAACAACCAAAAAUUUCUCUUUUAAGGUGAUUUGAGGGUGGGGGGAGGUGGGGGACAGUGGGUGUUACCAUCUGCUUCUAGUACAUCUUCUGGGAAAUAAUUUGGAGUCCAGGGCCAGAUCUUUGAAAGUUGAGGACUCGGGGACAAUGGCUUCACAGGAGAUCAAUACUUCCAUCCCGAGGAUGCAUCCACUGAUAAGAUUCCUGAUAGCUGCAAGCUCAGUGGGGAGUUUUUGGGAUGCUCGAAGACUUUCUACGUUCAGUGAGGAGAAGUUUCUCAUGCCAUAAAGCUUCUCAGAGUAUGAUCGAGGUAGCCUUUUUGCCUGGAGAAGGCUGAUGUAUACACUUCCCACUGCCUCAGAGUACUUCCAGCAUUGGUGUGAACUAGUCACAGGAAGAUUCUUGGCUUGUUAUCCCAUCUGGCAGCUGAUUUUUCUCAGAGCGGGUUUUUUGUGAGAGAAAACAAGAAGCACCAGAAACAAAACUGGGACCUGGCCAAUGGUGAUAGUUGGUAAAUACAAGAAAUGGCAGUGGAAUCUGCCCAGUGGUUGACUUUGAGUGACGGAGCCUGCCACUGUUUGAGGUUAAUCGACUCCAAUACAAGGAAGAUUUAUUUAAUAGCAACUGGAGACAAGACUCUCUCUCUCUCUCUCUCCCUUUUUUCUUAACUCACCCACCUCCUCUUGAAGGGUGCUUUUGUACCAUUUAAAACAAUAGACUUUUUCUAGAACCGUGGUUCUCAAAUGAAUGUCUCAUAUGUGGGAGCGAUUUGCAUGUAGUUAAUGCUUCCAUGCGAAAAUUGUAGUCAAUGCAUAGAAAAAAAAAUCACAUGAUUUUUAUGGAAAUUGGUGCUGGGGCGCACCAUUUAGACAACCAUCACUGAGGGUUUAUCUUUGAUUUUAUUUUUUCAAAAAUGUCUGCUCAAUUAUCUGGCCCUAUGGGGUUGAGCCAGUCGGGGGGUUUAUUUUCAUUUUUAUUCUUUAACGUGGGGGAUAGAUGAAUUAGAUGAACAAAGAAUGUGUGACGGGUCAUGAGAAGGUUAUUCCCGGUAGGUACUUAAUUGAUUACAGUUUUUUUAAUUCAAAGGUUAUCAUGAAUCUGUGAUCUGCAUCAUGGGCCAAUGAGGUGUGGCAACAGAUACUGUCAUCUCAUAUCAUGAAAAUUCAGCAUUUCAAAUUUUUUUUGAGAAACAGUGCUAGUGAGUGUGGAUGGACCUUAUCAUUUCUUGAUAGAAUAAAAUGAUUAUUUUACAAUCUCAUGGAAUUGGACUGGCCUAUAUUAGCAAGAAGAAAAUUUAUUUUCGCUUUUUACGGCAACUUCGUGGCUCAAGUAGUUCAUCUCCUGAUGCGUCCUUGAAAUUCAGCCCAUAUGUGUUCCGAGUAUUCAGGUAUAUUUUGGGAAUUUUUAUUAAACAUUUGAUGCCUUUUCUUUCUUUUGUAGAUCCGCUAUCUCUUGUCAGGGAUCACCGGUUGAAGGAGCUUCUAACUGCUCAAGGGAUAACAGUGCGAUCGUUCAAUGCAGAUCUGCUUUAUGAACCUUGGGAAGUUAAUGAUGAUGAAGGUCGACCAUUUUCAACUUUUGCUAAUUUCUGGAACAAAUGCCUCAGCAUGCCGUACGAUCCUACGGCCCCGUUGCUCCCACCUAAAAGAAUAAUACCAGGUACGUACAUCAGCUAUAUUUUCCGAAGUUCUUUCUUAGAUGAAAUAUAAAUGCAGAUGCUGUUAUUUUUGCUUCAUUAGUUAUGUUCUCCCUAACUGUUUAUUUGACCCAAAUGAUUAAUGCAUCUUCUCUGCGUAGCCUUUUUCAACUUUUUUUCUUCAAAAGAAAUAAAAGGUUUACCAAUAUCCAGCGUUAGUUGAUUAUCGACUGCCGCAUAUUGGUCUCCUCUCUGUCUUAAUUCCAUCUUUACUCUGAAGACCAACUCUGAUGAACUUGAAUCAUUUGUAUGAAUCUGGCGUCUUGUGCUUCAACAUUCUGGCUCUGGGCCAAAAGAUGAGCUAUAAAUUUUUCUCUCUCGGCAGCAUUCAGAGAUUCUUCCAUAAUCUUGCUCUUAUGUCAUACCAUGUUACCUUUAAUUUAAAAUCAUAAACUAACUUCAUGUUUUAUAUUUAAAAUUAUAAACAUACUGUGUUACAUAAUAUGCAUUUGUAUACUCACCCAUGAGUGUACUACUACUAGGUGUUCAUAUAAAAAAAAUAGUUGGCAACUUGUGAAACUUGAAGUUAGGUGUUUUCUAUUUAUGUUAGAUAUAUAAAACAUUUUUUCUAGGGUUGUCAAUUCGAAAUGCAUGCUAUAACGAUUUCAACGGCGUAAAAUUUUAUUUGUUGGAGAUAGAUGGGUCCAUGAUCGAAAAGUAUCAUCCAGAGAUGAAUAACCUUCUUGAAAAACCUCACACAAUGAUUGAUAUAACUCUUGUAUUUCCCUCUCACGCCUUUGCAUCGGACAUGUGCUCAAGUUGACAAUAUGGAUGACUUCAUGCUGCACCGUUUCGACACUGCUGUUUUUCUUUUUUUUUUUUGUUAAACUUGGAAAAUGCUUUUGGGUACUCGCUGGUCUGGUACAUGCUUAAUGAACUAAUUUUUGGCACAAAUGGUAGGUGAUAUGUCGAGGUGCUCUUCUGAUAACCUUAUCUUUGAGGAUGAGUCAGAGAAGGGGAGCAAUGCUCUCCUGGCUCGCGCAUGGUCGCCUGGCUGGCGCAAUGCUGAUAAGGCACUGGCUGCCUUUGUCAAUGGGCCUCUGAUUGAGUAUUCUGUGAAUCGUAAGAAAGCCGACAGCACAACAACGUCUCUCCUUUCGCCUCAUCUUCAUUUUGGGGAGAUCAGCGUCCGAAAGGUCUUUCACCAGGUUCGAAUGAAGCAGCUCGUCUGGGCUAAUGAUGGAAAUGUUGAUGGUGAAGAGAGCAUCAACCUGUUUCUCAAGUCUAUUGGUCUUCGGGAAUACUCGAGAUACAUGAGCUUUAAUCACCCUUGCAGCCACGAAAGGCCGCUCCUUGCCCACCUUAAAUUCUUCCCUUGGGUGAUCGACGAGGGUUAUUUUAAAGCGUGGAGACAGGGCAGGACUGGCUACCCCCUGGUGGAUGCAGGCAUGAGAGAGCUCUGGGCAACAGGCUGGCUACAUGACCGGAUACGAGUUGUAGUCUCCAGCUUCUUUGUCAAGGUUCUCCAGCUUCCGUGGAGAUGGGGAAUGAAAUACUUCUGGGACACUCUGUUGGAUGCAGACCUCGAAAGUGAUGCUUUGGGUUGGCAGUACAUAUCUGGAUCACUCCCUGAUGGGCGUGAACUUGACCGUAUUGACAAUCCCCAGGUGCAUACGCUUUCAAUGAAUUACCAAUUUUCCAAGGAUAAUUUUUCUCUAGGCUCUAAUCAAACAUGCAGUCUCAUGCUCACAACCCUGAUCAGAAUUUAGUUCUAUGUCUCCUAGUCGAUGAGUUCCUAUCUUCUUUUCAUUGUGACCAUCUUGAAAAUUCUCAACUUUCCAAUCAUUUUGUCUAAAACUGAUAAAAUGAAAUAUAUAUAUCUCUUUUUUUACCCUAAAUGUUAUGACGGCUUGAUGUUGUCUGGGGCAUUCAUGUUAUUUUCCUUCUUUAAAAUGAUCUCUUUUACAGUUUGAGGGCUAUAAGUUCGACCCGAAUGGAGAGUAUGUCCGGCGUUGGCUUCCUGAACUGGCCCGGCUGCCCACUGACUGGAUUCACCAUCCCUGGAAUGCACCCGAGUCAGUGCUUCAAGCCGCAGGAAUCGAGUUGGGAUCCAAUUACCCCCUCCCAAUUGUGGAGAUAGCUGCAGCCAAAGCCCGCAUUCAGGAAGCUAUUGUAGAGAUGUGGCAACUGGAGGCUGUUUCAAGGGCGACAGUCGAGAAUGGAACUGAAGAAGGCCUCGGCGAUUCUUCCGACGUAGCUCCGAUUGACUUUCCCCAAGAUAUCCAGAUGGAAGUUGAACGGGAGCCUGUGAGGGCCAACAAUGCAGGGGUCAUGGCUCGGAGGAACGAGGACCAGAUGGUUCCCAGCAUGACUUCUUCUCUGGUCAGGGAUGAUGAAGAGGUCUCCGUUGAUCUUCGGAACAGCCACAACGACAACAGAACAGAAGUGCCCGGAAACAUGGGCUUCCAUCCAGAGCCUCUGAGAGAUGCAGCGAACCAGGGUGGAGCUGCCCCAGUUGGAGAAAAUAAUAAUGCUCAUCGGUUCAACCCAAUUGGGUUGGAAGAUGCCGCGGACUCCACAUCAGAGUCGUCGAGCAGUUGGACGGCGAGAGACGGUGGGGUGGUUCCCGUAUGGUCGCCGCCGAUGGUCUCCAGCCACUCGGAGCAUUUCAUGGGGGAAGAUGGGGGGGGAGGCAGCGGCGGCGGCAGCUACAUCCGAAGGCACCAGCCAUCUCACCAGCUGAUGAAUUGGAGCCAGCUUUCUCACACCAGGUGAACUGAUAUCCAUAUCUUAUUACAGAAUCUAGGAGCCAGUGAUUUCGCCCCGCUUAUGUACAUGGUGCCGUUAGCAAAACCAUGGCAUCUAGCCCAUCAGCUCCAAGGAGAAUUUUGAAUCUCCCUGGUUCCGAGUUCUAUCGUUGACCCAUCGGCCCUUUUUCUGGUAAAGAGCAGCUCUGGUUAACGAAGAUCAGAGCCCCGCCUGCCACCAUGGCUCUUGAAGACCGAGAGGUCUCAAUUCCAUGCACUUGCUGCCGAUCCCCAGAGGGUUUAAACUCGUUGGGAGAUUUUCCCGCACAACUGUCAUCUUCUCUCACAGCUUUCUCUUAAUUUCAUCCAUGCGGUCGCAUCCCUCUGAUGGCUGGUUAUUCUCCACAGGACGAGGAGCUGGGAGGUGGAGAACACCCUGCAACCAAACGCCAUCGGCUAG